UCGUCGGGUUCAACUCCACCGAGGUGUCCAUUGAAAGUCGGAAGUUGGUUCUGAUAGUUUGCGGACUUGACAAAAUGGCAGACGACAACAGUUAUGAGUCGAUGCUGUGUGUGAAGCCCGAGGUCCAUGUUUAUCGGAUCCCGCCGCGGGCCUCGAACCGCGGAUAUCGCGCUGCUGAUUGGAAGCUGGAUGAACCCGCAUGGAGCGGUAGGAUGAAAAUCACUGCUAAAGGCAAGAUGGCCUUCAUAAAGUUAGAGGACAAAAACACAGGAGAGUUGUUUGCCCAAGCUCCAGUCGAACAGUAUCCCGGGUGUGUAGUCGAAGCAGUCACAGACUCCAGCAGGUACUUUGUGAUCCGGAUAGAAGAUGGCAAUGGGCGUCACGCUUUCAUCGGUCUGGGUUUCGCUGAUCGCGGAGACUCAUUUGACUUCAACGUAGCUUUACAAGACCAUUUUAAAUGGGUGAAGCAAGAAGGUGAAAUCGCAAAACAGGAAGCUUCUCAGAGCGCAGCACCGAAGCUGGACCUGAGCUUCAAAGAGGGCCAGACGAUCAAGAUCAGCAUUGGGAACAUCAAGAAGAAGGAUGCAGGUGCUGCCAAACCCAGCAGGGCCAUGGGCGGCGGUCUGCUGCCUCCUCCACCGGGUGCGAAGGCUGGAGGUGUCAUUCCGCCUCCUGUGGGACCGCAGGCCGCCCCAGCUGUACAGACAAACACUGCCACUCUUUUAGACUUUGGCUCCUCCGUCCCUGCAGCCCAGCCCAGCUCCGACUUGUGGGGGGAUUUCACAUCUGCAGGCUCCAACUCCAGUAAAGAUGCUGUCAAAUCAGGAUGGGUGCAGUUUAGUUGAGUGGUGAGGAAACGUGCACACACUCAGGUUCCAUACAUUCCACGGACAGGACGAUUGUGGCAAAAAGAAACUAAAACAGAGAAACCGUUAGCAAACUUGACUGGCUCAUUUGUUCUGGCUGCACUUGUUCACAUAGCCCGCUGACCAACACACUCUGGAGGAACAAAUGGUAAACAUGUACAUAUUUGUUUUUACAAUCAGAUUAUUUUCUCACACUCUGCCGUGAAGUGGGAUCUUUCUUUGAUUUUUUAGAAGUCAGGUGACCCUUAAACCGUCAUCGUUGGAGUCUCCUGAAGACAAGUGAGCAUGUUGAUGGUUAAAGGGAAAGUUUGUUGUUACACUAACCAGAUGAAAACGUCUACCCGUUGCCUCGAAUCAAAUGUUCCCGAUUUAGUUUGUAGUUUCUCUUCCUCGUCACUGUUAUUCUGUCCAGAAUCACAUUUGAUUGUGUUCCUCGUCUUCACAACAGUUGUCUCAUUGCACCAGCACCACUCAUCUCAAGGUUGUUUUUUACCAUUUUUGGGAAGUUAGUUUACCCACUGAAGUAUCCAUGUUUCAUUUAGCUUUAAAACAGUAUGUGUGUGGGUUUUGAUUUCUGUCAAGUAAUUUUUGUUUUAGGAGAUUUUGCAAUAUAUAUUGAUAUUUGAUGAUUAGUUUUACAUUAAACCCUUUAAAUCGUUAUAAAAAUGCCCAGGUUUUUUUAAUCAUGGUGUUUUUGGGGGGGGGGGGGGGUCAUGAUGGCCAUUUUGUCUGUCAUUUAAAGUUUGAACAUGUUUUUUUUUUUCAUGUUUGUCUUUGUGUACGCCCUUCAUAUGUCUUUGCCUUGUGUGUCGUUGCUUUUAAAAAAUGUGCCUUUUACCAAAUAGAAUUUUUCCUCAACCUUGUCGCUAAUUUGCAUCGAGUAUUUGAUUAAGUGCCUUUCUGAAAAAGAUCUAAAAUGUAAACCUAUGUCUUCUUGUAAAUAAACAGUGUAUUUCAUUGA